GUCGAUUCGAACGAGCCAUGAGACUGCCUCUCUCUUCCACCACGCCCCAAUGAUCCGUCCCAGAUGAGUUGGAAUCUGCUAGAGCGCUUCAUAGAGUCGGAUCACUUCAACCACGAUCCUUCGCUCACUGUUGCGUACCUGUCACGAUAUGCAGAUCAUGUCGGCAUCCACUAUGUGCUGUGCUCCAAGCUCCGCCACUUUGCCUACGACGAGAUCGAGUUCUUCCUUCCCCAACUAUGCCACCUCCUUAUCAGCGUCGACAAUGAGUCUAUGGCCUUGGAGGAGUUCAUAAUAGACCUGUGCGAGGAGUCGGUCAAUGGCGCUUUACUGACCUUCUGGCUCUUCCAGACCUACCUGCAUGACCUCUCCAGUGACCCGAGCUCCAACGCGUUCAAGACAUGUCGGCGCAUAUACAACAAGGUCCAGCGUAUCGUCUUCGGUUCUGCCGAGCCCCUGCGUAGGGAGAAGAUUAAGGAGAACAUCUUGCCUGUCACGGUCCUUUCCAGUUUGGUGAUUGCAAGCGUUGCGGCCCCCUUUCUCCCCAGGCACGCUGGGCCUCUUGCAAUUGCACAGGCGCGCAAACCCCGGCCCGUCGAGGACAUCAUAUCGGAUAAUGUCCAGACGCAGAAGCUCGGCCGGAGCCAUACAGUGGCCGGAGCUGCGUCUCCAAAGCCACGAAGGCCAAGGUCCGCCCAAGGCCAUUCAGAUCCAGAAGAUCAGAGGUCAUCGAAGGCCUCCAGUUCCCGUCCGAGAGAACUGCAGAACCCAAAAGACGCGAGGAGAAAAGCGGCCCGGCCCGGUAAUACCACUAGAGCUACGUCUGGGCACUUGCGACCUUCUCUUCUUGCUGUGAGCACCGAGGCCCGCCUUAGUUCGUCCUCCCUGCCUGAAUUUCGAAGCCCUGGCACUUCGCCUCUUCCCACUCCACCGGCUACGGCUGGGUUAACCCCGAAACCAGUGGAUCUUCACGCUCACCGCAAGCACGCACAACCACCCAGGCCUCUGACACCGACGGCCUUGUCUCGAAUGCAGAAAGUACGACUGUUGCGGUCGAACUAUUUCCGGAAUGAAACUCAGUUCCUGAGUGCGCUGGAGGACAUCUCCAACCGGUUGGUUAUUGUGCCGAAGCCGGCUCGUUUGAGCGCUUUAAGGGCCGAGCUUGCACUAAUUGCGCAAGAUCUUCCUGCCGAAGUCGACAUACCCGUCAUAUCUCCCGCGACACUCAAAGAUGGAGUCGCCUCUCAUAGCCAACAUCAUCGCAUAGUUCGAAUAAAUCCAGCAGAAGCAACUAGUCUGAACAGUGCAGAAAGAGUCCCAUAUUUGCUGAUGGUUGAAGUUCUCAACGAGGACUUUGACUUUGACCCAGAUACAGAGCAAAAUCAGCAGCUGUUGGAGAAGCUGAUGCUUGAGAAAGGCACUUCCAAACGUCGUCUAUUCGACAUCACGAAUGCCGAACAUUUGGCUAACGAUCGGACGCCACCAAAUGGAACUGACAGUGUGUUUGAGCCUGCGAACGGUGACCUUGGCAGCACCUCCCUUAUCAAGAAUCUCGAUGAGGAUGACCUUGCUUCCGGUCUUGAGAGGGUGACGCUUCCUAGCGCAGUCACCAAUGGGAAGGUACCGGCACCUAGGUCUUCGAGCGGAGCGAAUACCAUGUCUUCAAUGGCUACAAACUCCACUCCAAGGACAUCAGAUAUGGAAAUCAGCAGGACGAGCAGUCCCGCUCCCCGAAAAAUGACAAUGCCUCUUAGCCGGGGGACUCAAAGCGGCGAUCAACCGGAUUUCUCUGCCCUUGCAACGCAUAUGCGCACCGCUGCCCAAAUGCUGGCACAACUUGAGGCCAGUGGCUCGAAGCGACCGAAGACCGAGGUUGCUGCCAUCAAAGCUAAGAUCAUCGCGAGUAUGCAAAAUCUAGAAGAGCAGAACUUCUUGUCAGAUGAUGCAACACCUACGUUCGAUACGAUAAUGGCAGAUUCCGAUCCUACGGCUGUUACUGCGGAGCCCGUUGAUCUUGACGAUAGUAUGACAGUUGCAACCAAUCCUGGGGCAGGUGCCGCGCGCAUGGAAAAUGACAUGAAGACUGGAGGCAUGCGAAGAAAAGGUGAUCGGGACGAUCCUAGUGCUGCAACGUUUGGCGAAGAAUGGAGCGCCAAAAAGGAACGCAUACGACGCUCAUCGCCUUAUGGGCACAUGAAAAACUGGGAUCUGUUCAGUGUUAUCGUGAAAACAGGCGCUGAUCUUCGCCAAGAGGCUUUUGCUUGCCAACUCAUCCAGGUUUGCACUAAGAUUUGGCAAGAUGCGGAAGUGCCUGUUUGGACGAAGCGCAUGCGGAUUCUCGUUACCGGGGAAUCUUCUGGGCUUAUCGAGACCAUCACUAACGGCGUGUCUCUGCAUUCGUUGAAACGCAGUCUUACGCUGGCAACCAUUGCCGCUGGAACGAAUCCUCGAAAGCGGAUUGCCACACUAAAGGACCAUUUUGUGAAAACUUUCGGUGAGCCGGAGUCAGACAGCUACAUCGCGGGUGUUGGUGCCUUUACACGCUCCUUGGCGGCGUAUAGCAUCAUCUGCUAUGUUUUACAGCUUAAGGAUCGUCAUAAUGGAAACCUCCUCAUCGAUAACCAAGGCCAUAUCAUCCAUAUCGAUUUUGGCUUCAUGUUGUCCAACUCCCCUGGAUCAAUGGGGUUUGAAGCAGCUCCUUUCAAGCUCACACAAGAGUAUGUCGAUGUUCUGGGUGGAAUGAACUCUCCGGCCUUUGAAGAGUUCAAAUCGCUAUCCAAAAGGGCAUUUCGGUCAUUAAGGCGAGAAGCUGAGAGGCUGAUUAUGCUAGUUGACAUGAUGGGUAAACAGAGCAAGCUGCCGUGUUUUGCGGCUGGAGGCGCCGGUGUAACGAACGCGUUACGUGCCAGGAUGAUGCUUCAUCUCAGCAAGGAAGAGGCAGACGUUUUUGUGGACGAGCUAAUCGCCAAGAGCGUUGGGAGUUACUAUACCCGACUUUACGACACUUUCCAAUAUCGAACCCAAGGCAUAUACUGAUUCCUGCCAUAUCUCGUUUCGCAUCCCUCCAUCUGCCUGCCACUCAUAUAUACUGAUACUCUAAAAAGUGGAGAAUUUUCUUUCUAGUUUUUAAUAGGGCAUCACGUUGAGGAUGUAGCUCCCUCAACUUAUGACUUGCAUGCAUCUCCUGGAGCAUUUUGGGAUCUUCAUCGGCACGGCAUUGAUUUGGAUUGAUGGUAGUGGUGGCCUGGCUGCUUUGGUGGGGGAUAUGAGAGUAGGAUUUAGUACAUACAUCUAACAGGUAUAAUACCU